AUGACCGGAACUUUUUUGUGUCCUUAUAAAAAUUGCAUCACUUCCAAAUUUCUUGCAAGGCGUGAUGGCUCGGAUAUCAUCGUUGGACCUAUGCGUUGUUGUUGCCAUACGCAAGCCGGUUUGCUCCAUCUGUUGAGGAGGAACAGAGUAGAAGGAACGCUAAGACCUGUACUCUCUCCUCCUUGGUACCAAAUGCCUCCUCACCGCUCCGUCACAUUUGGAGUUCAGAAGAUCGAGAAUCUACCACUGCUAUAUCUUGGCAUAGGCUGA